AUGAAAGGUUGAUAGGUGUGACUGAGAAUUUUAGCCAAACGCAAAAAUAGUUGCACUUGGCUACGGAAGGUUCAUCCUCACCCCUUCUUAGCUGCUCGCUUUACCUCUACUACUUGACAUUUCCACACAAGUUUUCUUCUCUAAACAUCUCUCGACUUAGAAUUCGUACACUACCUUUAAUGAAAGGUUGACAGGUGUGACUGAGAAUUUUAGCCAAACGCAAAAAUAGUUGCGCUUGGCUACGGAAGGUUCAUCCUCACCCCUUCUUAGCUGCUCGCUUUACCUCUUCUACUUGACAUUUCCACACAAGGUUUCUUCUCUAAACAUCUCUCGUUGUAGGAUCAGAGACAAUGGGGCAAGCAUUUUGCUGCAUAAAAGUAUCCCAGUCAAAAGUUGCUAUAAAAGAGAAAUUUGGGCGCUUUGAUGAUGUCCUUAGUCCAGGUUGUCAUUUUGUGCCUUGUUGCUUUGGUAGCCAAGUUGCUGGUGUUCUUUCUUUGCGAGUGCAGAAACUGGAUGUGCGUUGUGAAACAAAGACUAAGGAUAAUGUAUUUGUAACAAUUAUUGCAUCUGUUCAGUACCGGGUCCUUGAAAAGAAUGCAAGUGAUGCAUUUUACAAGCUUAACAAACCAAAGGAACAAAUUCAAGCCUAUGUGUUUGAUGUUAUCAGGUCAAGCGUCCCAAAAAUGACCUUGGACAACGUUUUUGAGCAAAAAACUGACUUGGCAAAAGCUGUCAAGAAUGAACUUGAAAAUGCAAUGACAAAUUAUGGGUUUGAGAUAGUUCAGACACUUAUUGUUGAUACAGUUCCUGAUUCAACUGUUAAAAGAGCAAUGAACGAGAUAAAUGCAGCUGCGAGACUGAGGGCGGCAACAACUGAGAAAGCUGAGGCAGAGAAAUGUGUUCAAAUCAAACAGGCUGAGAGUGAAGCAGAAUCAAAAUAUCUAUCUGGAUUGGGCAUGGCUCGUCAACGGCAAGCUAUUGUUGAUGGUCUUAGGGACAGUGUCUUAGCUUUUACAAGUAAUGUUCCUGGAAUAAAUGCAAAAGAUGUCACAGAUUUGAUCCUUGUAACGCAAUAUUUUGACACAAUGACCGAGAUAGGAGCCUCAUCAAAGUCAUCAUCAGUAUUCAUCCCUCAUGGACCUGGUGCUGUUCGUGAUAUUGCUAAGCAGAUCAGUGAUGGUUUGCUGCAACCACAACCUGCAUAGUGUCACUCUUGGGAUUCAAACUUUAAAAGAUCAUUUGUCUUGUAUGUGCUAAGUGUUCUUAUCUUUUCUGUAGAUAAAAGUUCUGAACAUCUCACAAUUUGUAGGAUAUUUAGUGUUUCUGGGAUUAUGUUAUUGUGUUUUCUUCGUCUUACUGUAUAUUGAAUGUGAUAUUGUGACAAUGGGAAACAUGCAUUUUGCACGAUUUUUUGAAAUACUAGGAGUUAUUGUUAGGAACGAGGAAUCUUGAGACUCCACAUUAUUGUAAUAGCACUGAACAAGGACUCGUCCAAGGAGGAAUGUGGAGUUUUAUAUCUAGCAUUGAUGUAUAUUCGAAAUGUUCAAGUCUUAUAUAUGGAAAACCAUUUUUCAUA